CAAACCCCGGUUAUUCUCUCCCAAGCCACAAAUUUCCAAACGCCCAAACCCCGAGGGAGGAAGCCUCAACUCGAGCUCUCCUCUCUCGUCCCCGUGCGCAGCGCAUAGUGGACUGCUCCUCCUCCUCCGAUUCCCUCGUCUCCGCCGUCGGCAUUUGCUCUUCAUCCAUCUCCUUCCCCGCGAAUCGCGCCGCGCCGGCCGCCGACGCCGUCUGUCGGGGCCACGGCGAGGCGCCGCCGCCGCCUGCGGCUUGUCGGCGCCCCCUGCCGUUACCGUUAGCGGACUGCGCCGGGCGCGGCGAGGAUUGAAUUCUUAUUUUCGCCGGCGAGAAACCCUAGCUUAGCGUCAACCUUCGCCUCCGCCGUGCUCCCCUGCUCCUCCCAGGUCAGGAGCUUGCUGUCUGUUAUCAGAGAAGUUACUCAAGGUUCAGAACACAGUCCGACAAAAGAGGUUCAGAACACAGGGGAACUUGAAAAGGGCGGCGUCUCCCUUCCCCGCCCCGCCGUCCACCUCCCGCUGCUCGUCCAAGGCGUCAGGGCGCCGCCGCGGCGGUCAUCCGACAUGUCUGAGUGGACGGAUGGGCCAAAUAAUGAAAUGGAUGUGCCUAUGGCUGAGCUGAAAGCCUUGAAAUUUGAUCUCUUGUCCAGUGCAGAUAUAGAGACGUUAAGUAGCGCAAACAUCAUAGAGGCAUCUGAUGUGACUAGUGCCAAGUUGGGAUUACCAAAUGCGGCACCACAGUGUGUGACUUGUGGAUCGCAAAACGUGCGUGACUGUGAUGGUCAUUCUGGUGUGAUUAAACUGCCGGCAACUGUGUACAGCCCAUAUUUUUUGGAGCAACUCGUUCAGUUCCUGAAUCAGAUAUGCCCUGGCUGUUGGACUCCAAAGCAAAACAGAGAUACAAAGAGGUCAGACGCAGCAACCAUUCAAGAACCUUGCAAGUAUUGUUCAAAGGAUGGACUUUAUCCUAGUGUAAUAUUUAAGGUGCUAACAAGUCCAAGAAUAACACUGUCCAAGAGUAAACUUCAACGUAACACUAGCGUGAUGGACAAAGUUUCAGUUACCGCAGAAGUGAUAAACAUGUCCAAGAAUAAAAGUUCACUUGAAGUUCUUCCCCACGACUAUUGGAAUUUUGUACCUCACAACCAGCCACCUCAACCGAAUACUACCAAGAUAUUGCUAUCUCCAUACCAAGUCUUUCACAUACUAAAACAAGUUGACCUUGAGCUUAUCACCAAGUUUGCUCCAAGGCGAGAGCUACUGUUUUUGUCAUGUUUGCCAGUGACUCCUAACAGACAUCGUGUUGCUGAGAUGCCAUAUAGGUUUUCAGAUGGCCCUAGCUUAGCUUAUGAUGACCGAACAAAAGCUUAUAAGAGAACGGUUGAUGCCAGUAAGAAAAUCGAUGACUACCGUCAGCAUCCACAGUUCAGUGUUCUUGCAAGUUCAUUUGUAACAAGCCGAGUUAUGGAGUGCCUGCAAUCAUCAAAGUUAUACUCUAAAAAGACAGAUAAGGAAUCAUCAACAGACUCCUAUGGAACUUCGGUAAAAAAAAACGACUCAUAUGGAACCAAAUGGCUGAAGGAUGCCAUUCUCAGCAAACGAUCCGAUUAUGCCUUUCGGAGUAUUAUGGUUGGUGAUCCUAAGAUUAGGUUACAUGAAAUUGGCAUCCCUAUGGAUUUAGCUGACUUGUUUGUUCCUGAGCAUGUUAGUAUUUACAACUUCAAAAGCAUAAAUUUGAAGUGCAACCUGCACCUUCUUGCCAAAGAACUACUAAUUGCUCGUCGCAAUGGAAAGCUCAUUUAUGUUCGGAAGGAAAAUCAGCUAGAAAUUGGUGACAUUGUUUACAGGCCAUUGCAGGAUGGUGAUCUUAUUUUAGUCAAUAGGCCGCCUUCAGUACAUCAGCAUUCCCUUAUUGCACUAUCUGCAAAAUUACUACCAGUUCAGUCGGUUGUGGCAAUCAACCCACUGAACUGUGCCCCCCUUUCCGGAGAUUUUGAUGGAGAUUGCUUGCAUGGAUAUGUUCCACAGUCUAUAGGAUCAAGAGUUGAGCUUGGAGAGCUUGUUAGCCUAAGCCACCAAUUGUUGAACAUGCAGGAUGGUCGAAGUUUGGUGUCAUUAACACAUGACUCUCUAGCUGCUGCACACCUGUUAACAAGCUCAGGGGUUUUACUGAACAAAACUGAAUUUCAGCAACUUCAAAUGUUAUGUGUUUCACUCUCACCGACACCAGUGCCAUCAGUAAUUAAAUCAAUAAACCCUCAAGGUCCACUGUGGACUGGUAAGCAAUUGUUUGGCAUGCUGCUUCCUUCUGGUAUGAAUUUCAGUCCCGAUCCUAAGUUACACAUCAAAGACAGUGAAGUGCUUGCCUGCUCAGGGGGGUCUUUUUGGCUACAGAAUAACACAUCUGGCCUUUUCUCUGUCUUGUUCAAGCAAUAUGGUGGCGAGGCUCUUGAGUUCCUCUCUUCUGCUCAGGAUAUGCUAUGUGAAUUCUUAACCAUGAGGGGUUUAAGUGUCUCUCUUUCAGAUAUCUAUCUGUUCUCGGACCAUUACUCAAGGAGAAAAUUCGCCGAGGAAGUUAACCUGGCAUUGGAUGAAGCUGAAGAGGCUUUUCGAGUCACACAGAUACUGCUAAGUCCAAAUUUCAUACCACAUCUGAAGUGUUAUGAUGACUGCGAUGAUCUAUCAGAUUCUUAUGAACAGUCCGAUUUUGUUCAGAGCAAUCUGCCGAUCAUCAAAUCUUCAAUCAUGGCGUUUAAGAGUGUCUUCAGCGAUCUUCUAAAGAUGGUGCAACAGCACACGCCUAAAGAUAACUCAAUGAUGGCGAUGAUUAAUGCAGGAAGCAAGGGUAGCAUGCUGAAGUUUGUGCAGCAAGCUGCAUGCGUUGGUCUUCAACUUCCAGCUGGCAAAUUCCCCUUCAGAAUUCCUUCCGAACUCACAUGUGCUAGCUGGAAUAGACAUAAAUCAUUGGACUGUGACAUUUCUGAGGGCGCCAGAAAACGUUUGGGAGGCCAAAACUCACAUGCUGUGAUAAGGAAUUCUUUUAUAGAGGGUUUAAAUCCAUUGGAGUGCCUUCUUCAUUCAAUUUCUGGGAGAGCGAACUUUUUCAGUGAGAAUGCAGAUGUUCCCGGGACAUUAACGAAAAAUCUAAUGUAUCACUUGAGAGAUAUAUAUGUUGCUUAUGAUGGGACUGUUAGAAGUUCUUACGGGCAGCAAAUAGUCCAGUUUACCUAUGAUACUGCUGAAGACAUAUACACUGAUUGCGGUCAGGAAGGUGAAUUUGGUGCCCCUGUUGGUUCAUGGGCUGCUUGUUCCAUUUCAGAAGCUGCAUACGGAGCUUUGGACCACCCAGUGAAUGUUAUAGAGGACUCUCCUCUCAUGAAUUUGCAGGAAGUAUUAAAGUGCCAGAAGGGUACAAAUUCUUUGGAUCAUUUUGGUUUGCUUUUCCUGUCAAAGAAUCUGAAGAAAUACAGAUAUGGUUUUGAGUAUGCAUCGCUCUAUGUCCAGAAUUAUCUCGAACCAAUGGACUUCUCUGAGUUGGUUAACACCGUCAUGAUUCAAUAUGAUGGAGGCGGUGUACAGAAAACCAAAGGAAGCCCAUGGAUUACUCAUUUUCAUAUAAGCAAGGAAAUGAUGAAGAGAAAAAGAUUGGGAUUAAGACUUCUCGUAGAAGAUCUUACAGAACACUACAAUGCCAAGAGAGACCAGUUAAACAAUGUGAUCCCUAAAGUUUAUAUUUCAAAAUGCAAAUGUUCUGAUGAUGAUGAUUGUAUCAACAAUCAGACUUGUUGCAUCACUGUGGUAGCACAGGAUGAAUCCAACUCUACAUCUACAUCCCAACUGGACGAUUUAAAGAAAAGGGCCAUUCCAGUCCUCCUGGCCACACCAGUGAAAGGAUUUUUGGAAUUUAAGGAUGUUGAGAUCCAGUGUCAAAGAGACAACGAACUUGUUGUGAAAGUUAAUAUGUCUAAGCAUUGCAAGAGUGGGAUUUUCUGGACUACUCUAAAAAAGGCUUGCAUUGGAAUAAUGGGGUUGAUUGACUGGGAACGGAGCCGACCAGGGAGCGUAUAUGAUAUUUUCUGCCCAUGUGGCAUAGACUCAGCAUGGAAAUAUUUUGUCGAAUCUUUAAGAUCAAAAACCGAUGAUAUCGGAAGGAAUAUUCAUCGGGAGCACUUGCUGGUUGUGGCAGAUACUCUGUCUGUAAGUGGGCAGUUCCAUGGGCUAAGCAGUCAAGGUUUAAAGCAACAGCGAACUCAAUUAUCAACCUCAUCUCCAUUUUCUGAAGCUUGUUUCUCUAGGCCUGCAGAUACUUUUAUAAAAGCUGCAAAACAAUGUUCAGUGGACAAUCUCUGUGGUAAUAUAGAUGCACUUGCCUGGGGCAAAGAGCCUCCUGCCGGGACUUCAGGUCCUUUCAAGAUUAUGUAUGCUGGAAAGCCGCAUGAGCCCGUACAAAAUGAGAACAUCUAUGGCUUUCUACAUAACCCUGAAGUUUGGGGACCUGAAAAGAAUCAUAUGGAAACGGACAGUACAAGAACAAAAAAUGCUUCCGAAAGGUGGUCAUCUGGAAAUGCUACCUUCAAUGGUGGCACCAUAUCCGUGGAACAGAAUUAUCUUGGUGCUAAAGUUGGUGUAUGGGACAGCAUUAUUGAUAUGCGCACUUGCUUGCAAAACAUGCUACGAGAGUACCAAUUAGAUGAAUAUGUCGUGGAGCUAGAUAAAUCACGCGUAAUUGAGGCCCUGAGAUUUCACCCCAGAGGACGCGAAAAGAUUGGUGUUGGAAUAAGAGAUAUAAAGAUUGGGCAACAUCCUAGUCACCCAGGCACAAGGUGCUUCAUUUUGGUACGGAAUGAUGACACCACUGAAGACGUCUCUUACAAGAAAUGUGUCCAAGGUGCUGCGGACUCUAUCUCGCCUCAGCUUGGAAGUCACAUGGAGAAGAUACUACAAACCAGAUCAUUUUGUCGUGAUAGUUGGCGGUAGCACUUUUUGCCGUUUCAUUUCAUCUAGUCCGGGACAGUGAAAAACUCGCAAAGAUAGUUGGAUAGUUUCUUCAGUUAGUCCUGAAACAGUGAACUCUGAAGACGCCAUGCUUCUUCACCAUUCUUUUUAGAAAAAAAGCACACAAUAUGUUGUUGCUCCUGGGUAGGGGAGGUUUCCUUGUACUGAAAAUUUUGAUGUAACCCCUGAUUUUGUGGUUGACGUUUUGGAAUAGAAGUAUUUCUCGGUAAAGUUUCGGCAUUUAGUUGAAAUUUCCUUAAAUGCCAACAGUUUACCAAGAAAUACUCCUCUUCCAAAUUGUCAACAAUGGUUGAAUUGCCAUGAGGCGUUUUCUCGGGAUAAAGAAGCAAUUUGAGAUUUCCAGAGUUGUGGGG